UCAACAAACACACCCACACCAACAGCAAAAUAUCAGAGACUGCGAAGCUCUAGCAAUACUACAAGUGGCCGUAGGGAGAGCGAUUGGAAAACUAGCAAUGGUGAAAGUUGCUACUGCUCAAGUUGGGGUGACAAGUAGUAGAGCUUCGGCGCAAACUUCAAAGAGAAGAUCAAGGCAUAUCAGGAUUUCUAUUGAAUUUAGAAGCAAUGAUAGUAACCACCGCCGCCGCCGCCGCCGCCAAGACGUUAUAAUUAGGUCUGAAAAUCCAGUUCCAUGUAAACCAGAUGCUAAUUCCGGUGACCGGACGGUGACUGAAGAGAGAUAUUCAACUUCAAGCCCUAAGUUGGAAGACGAUGAUGAUGAUGAUGCAUUAAUGUCAGCUUCUUGUUGUUCUAGUAAUGGAUCGUGUGAUGAUGAGAGGAUUAAAUUCACAGAUCUGGAGGAAGGGAGGGCUGAAGUUGCAACGUCAAUGUAUUAUAGUAGUAGAAGUGGAGACAGAGAGACAACACCGACUUCUAGCGAUCUUGGAGAGGAGUCGACCUCAGAGAACAUGGAUUCAACGGCAAACCCACCAUUGAAGAAGCCGAAUCCUCAUCAAAGAUCAACGCCCGCGGCGGGGCUGAUAAGGAUAACAGAUGAAGAGAUUGAAAAGUUCUUCGGCGAAAUACAGAAAAACAUUCCGCAAUGCUUCAAAGACAAGUAUAACUUUGAUUUUGACAACGAUGAGCCGUUGGAAGGACGUUAUGAAUGGGCUAGAUUAAAUCCAUGAAGAAAAAAGAAGAAAUUAACAAUGGCGUUUGUUUAGGUCAUGAUCAUAAAUAAUAUGAUCCCCUACUCUGGAUUUAUUAAAUUUACAAUUACUAAUUUAGAGCUACUCCACUCCUCAGUUAGGAAGAUUUUUUUUACAAAAAAACUCCAUCUUUGUUGGUCUAUGUACAGUCUCUUCUCUAUGUUUAUUAGAAUCUCAGUUUCAUCUGUCUUUGUACUA